AUGGGUCCCGUAGGCCCCCAUGUUCCUGGCUCCGCCCUCCCGCUGUCUCCCAGCUCCUUGCUGUGUGAGCCGCGCCAGGAGAAGAACCUGAGUCAGAGUGAGAGCGGGAGCCGCGAGCACCGAGCACCGGAGAGCAGCGGGCGCCACGCGGGCUCUGAGGAGGCCGUGGCCGGAGCCUCUAGCCAGACUGACCCGGGAAAAGCGGAGAAGACACCAACGCCCCACUCCCUGCGGGACGACAGCUCCUGGCCAGGUCCCCUGGGCCCCAGAGGGCGUGAGUUCCAGUUCCACGUAACCCCGAGGGUCAGCACCCCGCACUACCGCUCGGGGCUGCUCAUCGAGCGGAGUGACGCCUACACCAAGGUCUUCUCCCGCGCCGGCCUCACCCUCAUGUGGAACCGGGAGGAUGCGCUCAUGCUGGAGCUGGACAGCAGGUUCCGGAACCACACGUGCGGCCUCUGCGGCGACUACAACGGCCUGCAGACCUACUCGGAGUUCCUGUCCGACGGCGUGCUCUUCAGUGCCGUGGAGUUUGGAAACAUGCAGAAGAUCAACAAGCCCGGGGUGGAGUGCAACGACCCCGAGGAGGUGUCGGCCCCCAAGUCCUGCUCUGAGCACGGGACCUGCCGCGGGGCCACGCCCACUAAGCCCCGCCCCUCUCUAGCCAACUACGCCGAGCACUGGUGCUCGAUGCUCAGGAAGACGGAGACCCCCUUCGGCCGGUGCCACUCCGCCGUGGACCCAGACGAGUACUACAAGAGGUGCAAAUACGACACGUGCAACUGCCAGGACAACGAGGACUGCAUGUGCGCCGCGCUGUCCUCCUACGCCCGCGCCUGCGCCGCCAAGGGCGUCAUGCUGUGGGGCUGGCGGGAGCUGGACAGCGACGUGAGCUCCUGCCCCAAGUCGCAGAUCUUCCUGUACAACCUGACCACCUGCCAGCAGACCUGCCGCUCGCUCUCGGAGGCCGACAGCCACUGCGUCAAGGGCUUUGCGCCCGUGGACGGCUGCGGCUGCCCCGACCACACCUUCCUGGACGAGAAGGGCCGCUGUGUGCCGCAGGCCAAGUGCUCCUGCUACCACCGCGGCAGCUACGUGGAGGCGGGCGACGUGGUCCUGAGGCAGGAGGAUGUCGGAUGCGCAGCCAAGGACAGGGCUGGCCUGGCUCUGACCCCCCUGUCUGGCUGCCCCCAGUACCAGACGGAGUGUAUCAGCGGCUGCGUGUGCCCCGAGGGGCUGAUGGACGACGGCCGUGGGGGCUGCGUCGUGGAGGAGGACUGCCCCUGCGUGCACAACCAGGACCUGUACAACCCCGGCGACAAGAUCACCGUGGACUGCAGACCUGCCGUGCCCCGGGAGCUGCGCCCUGGAGGGCGGCUCCCACAUCACCACCUUCGAUGGGAAGAAGACUACUGCGGCCAGAACUCCGGGCAGGGCUCCUUUAGCAUCAUCACCGAGAACGUCCCCUGCGGCACCACGGGCGUCACCUGCUCCAAGGCCAUCAAGAUCUUCAUAGGGGCUGUGUGCGGCCUGUGCGGGAACUUCGACCAGCGCUCCAGCAACGACUUCACCACGCGGGACCACAUGGUGGUGGACAGCGAGCUGGACUUCGGCAACAGCUGGAAGGAGGCCCCCACCUGCCCCGACGUGACCACCACCCCCGAGCCCUGCAGCCUGAAGCCGCACCGCCGCGCCUGGGCCGAGAAGCAGUGCAGCAUCAUCAAGGGCGAGGUCUUCCACGUCUGCCACAGCAAGGUGGGCGUGGCCGCGAGCUCAGCCGGGGCGUGGAUCUGGGCCCUGCCCUUCCCGGAGGAACGGCCCAGCGAGAAGGACCUGCAGGAGGGCGGGCGGCCGCCGGGGAAGAUUCUCAAUUUCACCCAGGACGGCUCCUUCUGCUACUGGGAGGUCUGCGGCCCCAACGGGACGGUGGAGAGGCACUUCAACAUCUGGCCAGGGCCCCCCAGCCGGGGCUCUGCGCCUCCUGGGUCCGGCCACCUCUCUGGGAGGUGCCACCAGGCACAGAUGACCGAGGCUGAGCCUUGCUCCCCAGAGCUGUGCUGCUUCUGGUCCGACUGGAUCAAUGAGAACCACCCGAGCCAGGGCCCCAACGGCGGCGAAACAGAGACCUUCGGCAGCGUCUGCCCGGCGCCAGAGGACAUUCAGUGCCGGCCGGCCAAGGCGCCGCACCUCAGCUGGGAGGAGGCGGGCCAGAAGGCGCAGUGCGACCUCUCGGUCGGCUUCCUCUGCAAAAACGAGGACCAGUUUGAAAACGGACCGUUUGAGAUGUGCUAUGACUACGAGAUACGCGUCAACUGCUGUCUGCCAAUGGAUGAGUGUCCUGUGUCCACACCCUCGACCCCGACCCCCACCACCACCUCCACCACCACCACCACCACCACCCUCACCCCAACCACACCCACCACCACCACCCCGACCACCACCACCACCGAGACACCAACCCCAACCCCGACCACCACCCCAACCCCGACCACCACCACCACCGAGACACCAACCCCAACCCCGACCACCACCACCACCGAGACACCAACCCCAACCCCGACCACCACCACCCCAACCCCGACCACCACCACCACCGAGACACCAACCCCAACCCCGACCACCACCACCACCGAGACACCAACCCCAACCCCGACCACCACCACCACCGAGACACCAACCCCAACCCCGACCACCACCACCACCGAGACACCAACCACCACCGAGACACCAACCCCAACCCCGACCACCACCACCACCGAGACACCAACCCCAACCCCGACCACCACCACCACCGAGACACCAACCCCAACCCCGACCACCACCACCACCGAGACACCAACCCCAACCCCGACCACCACCACCACCGAGACACCAACCCCAACCCCGACCACCACCACCACCGAGACACCAACCCCAACCGAGACACCAACCCCAACCCCGACCACCACCACCACCGAGACACCAACCCCAACCCCGACCACCACCACCACCGAGACACCAACCCCAACCCCGACCACCACCACCACCGAGACACCAACCCCAACCCCGACCACCACCACCACCGAGACACCAACCCCAACCCCGACCACCACCACCACCGAGACACCAACCCCAACCCCGACCACCACCACCACCGAGACACCAACCCCAACCCCGACCACCACCACCACCGAGACACCAACCCCAACCCCGACCACCACCACCACCGAGACACCAACCCCAACCCCGACCACCACCACCACCGAGACACCAACCCCAACCCCGACCACCACCACCACCGAGACACCAACCCCAACCCCGACCACCACCACCACCGAGACACCAACCCCAACCCCGACCACCACCACCACCGAGACACCAACCCCAACCCCGACCACCACCACCACCGAGACACCAACCCCAACCCCGACCACCACCACCACCGAGACACCAACCCCAACCCCGACCACCACCACCACCGAGACACCAACCCCAACCCCGACCACCACCACCACCGAGACACCAACCCCAACCCCGACCACCACCACCACCGAGACACCAACCCCAACCCCGACCACCACCACCACCGAGACACCAACCCCAACCCCGACCACCACCACCACCGAGACACCAACCCCAACCCCGACCACCACCACCACCGAGACACCAACCCCAACCCCGACCACCACCACCACCGAGACACCAACCCCAACCCCGACCACCACCACCACCGAGACACCAACCCCAACCCCGACCACCACCACCACCGAGACACCAACCCCAACCCCGACCACCACCACCACCGAGACACCAACCCCAACCCCGACCACCACCACCACCGAGACACCAACCCCAACCCCGACCACCACCACCACCGAGACACCAACCCCAACCCCGACCACCACCACCACCGAGACACCAACCCCAACCCCGACCACCACCACCACCGAGACACCAACCCCAACCCCGACCACCACCACCACCGAGACACCAACCCCAACCCCGACCACCACCACCACCGAGACACCAACCCCAACCCCGACCACCACCACCACCGAGACACCAACCCCAACCCCGACCACCUCACCCACCACCUCACCCACCACUCCCACACCAGAGCCGACCACCACCACCACCACCACCUCAUCCACCACCUCACCAGUCACCUCCACAGCAGAACCGACGACCACCGUGACGACCACGACUACGACAUCCACAGCUACACCAACGCCCACCACCACCACCACCUCAUCCACCACCUCACCAGUCACCUCCACAGCAGAACCGACGACCACCGUGACGACCACGACUACGACAUCCACAGCUACACCAACGCCCACCACCACCACCACCUCAUCCACCACCUCACCAGUCACCUCCACAGCAGAACCGACGACCACCGUGACGACCACGACUACGACAUCCACAGCUACACCAACGCCCACCACGACGGUGAGCACCAGCACGCCCAGACCAGAAUCCACGCCAUGUAUGGAUGAGUGCAGAUGGACGGGCUGGCAAGACAGUGGGAAACCGAGCUUCGGGGGCUCAGGUGGAGACUUCGAGUCCAUUGAGAAGGCCUGUCAGCACGGCUGGGCAGCCAACAUCUCCUGCAGAGCCGCCCAGUUUCCAGAUCGCCCCAUCGAAGCCGUGGGACAGAAGGUGGUGUGCGACCUCGAAGAGGGGCUGGUGUGCAGAAACCAAGACCAGCUCGGGAGCCCCGGCAGCAUUCCCAUGUGCUUCAACUAUGAGAUCAACGUCUACUGCUGUGGGUACUGCUCUACCACCACGACCGUGACCCCGACACCCACACCCACCAUCAGCUCAACAAAGACACCAACCACCACCCCGACCACCUCACCCACCACCACCACCACCACCACCGAGACACCAACCCCAACCCCGACCACCUCACCCACCACCUCACCCACCACCACCACCACCGAGACACCAACCCCAACCCCGACCACCUCACCCACCACCUCACCCACCACCACCACCACCGAGACACCAACCCCAACCCCGACCACCUCACCCACCACCUCACCCACCACCACCACCACCGAGACACCAACCCCAACCCCGACCACCUCACCCACCACCUCACCCACCACCACCACCACCGAGACACCAACCCCAACCCCGACCACCUCACCCACCACCUCACCCACCACCACCACCACCGAGACACCAACCCCAACCCCGACCACCUCACCCACCACCUCACCCACCACCACCACCACCGAGACACCAACCCCAACCCCGACCACCUCACCCACCACCUCACCCACCACCACCACCACCGAGACACCAACCCCAACCCCGACCACCUCACCCACCACCUCACCCACCACCACCACCACCGAGACACCAACCCCAACCCCGACCACCUCACCCACCACCUCACCCACCACCACCACCACCGAGACACCAACCCCAACCCCGACCACCUCACCCACCACCUCACCCACCACCACCACCACCGAGACACCAACCCCAACCCCGACCACCUCACCCACCACCUCACCCACCACCACCACCACCGAGACACCAACCCCAACCCCGACCACCUCACCCACCACCUCACCCACCACCACCACCACCGAGACACCAACCCCAACCCCGACCACCUCACCCACCACCUCACCCACCACCACCACCACCGAGACACCAACCCCAACCCCGACCACCUCACCCACCACCUCACCCACCACCACCACCACCGAGACACCAACCCCAACCCCGACCACCUCACCCACCACCUCACCCACCACCACCACCACCGAGACACCAACCCCAACCCCGACCACCUCACCCACCACCUCACCCACCACCACCACCACCGAGACACCAACCCCAACCCCGACCACCUCACCCACCACCUCACCCACCACCACCACCACCGAGACACCAACCCCAACCCCGACCACCUCACCCACCACCUCACCCACCACCACCACCACCGAGACACCAACCCCAACCCCGACCACCUCACCCACCACCUCACCCACCACCACCACCACCGAGACACCAACCCCAACCCCGACCACCUCACCCACCACCUCACCCACCACCACCACCACCGAGACACCAACCCCAACCCCGACCACCUCACCCACCACCUCACCCACCACCACCACCACCGAGACACCAACCCCAACCCCGACCACCUCACCCACCACCUCACCCACCACCACCACCACCGAGACACCAACCCCAACCCCGACCACCUCGCCCACCACCUCACCCACCACCACCACCACCGAGACACCAACCCCAACCCCGACCACCUCGCCCACCACCUCACCCACCACCACCACCACCGAGACACCAACCCCAACCCCGACCACCUCGCCCACCACCUCACCCACCACCACCACCACCGAGACACCAACCCCAACCCCGACCACCUCGCCCACCACCUCACCCACCACCACCACCACCGAGACACCAACCCCAACCCCGACCACCUCACCCACCACCUCACCCACCACCACCACCACCGAGACACCAACCCCAACCCCGACCACCUCGCCCACCACCUCACCCACCACCACCACCACCGAGACACCAACCCCAACCCCGACCACCUCGCCCACCACCUCACCCACCACCACCACCACCGAGACACCAACCCCAACCCCGACCACCUCGCCCACCACCUCACCCACCACCACCACCACCGAGACACCAACCCCAACCCCGACCACCUCGCCCACCACCUCACCCACCACCACCACCACCGAGACACCAACCCCAACCCCGACCACCUCACCCACCACCUCACCCACCACCACCACCACCGAGACACCAACCCCAACCCCGACCACCUCGCCCACCACCUCCAGUGAUGGUGCCAGGCGGCACUUUCCCUUGGUGGUUGGUGAGGGCCUGUCGGUGUGGUGCCCGGGAGCUGCCCCUCCAGGCCCCUGUCCCGCUCUCCUCAGCACCUGCCAGAGAGGGCGCUGGGCCUGCAGCCAGAAGGUGUGCUACGGCACCUGCACCAUCUACGGGAACGGCCACUACAUCACCUUCGACGGGAAGUUCUACGACUUCGACGGGCACUGCUCCUACGUCGCCGUGCAGUCCACCUCCCCCUCUACCACGGAGUCAACCACACCUCUGACUGCCUCUCCAACAACCGUGAAGACAACCAGCACUCCUUCACCCCCCACGGAAACGAAGCCCGUUGUCACCUCCCCGGGGAGCACCACUUCAGGCACGCCGACCGCCUCGCCUUCCACACAACCCCCGUCCACCCCCACCCCCACGACUGUGUCAACGACGACCACGGGAACCCCUACUCCGCCCGGACGCCCAUCAACCACGCCGACCACCACCGCCUCCACCGGUGUGCCCACCUCCUCGUCGACCCCGAGGGUCACCCCUCCCAUCAUCACAGUUUGCUGCGUUUUGAAUGACACCUACUAUGGCCCAGGUACCCAAGCGUUCUCUUCCGAUCUCAGCGGCGAGGUCGUCUCUGACUGCGAGGUGGCCGCCGACCAGUGGGUGGUGAACGACCCGUCCAAGCCGCACUGUCCCCACACCAGCUUCACCACCAGGCGCCCGGCCACCACAACCUCCGGGGGCAGCACCGGCCCCAACAGGAACUGCUCCUCUCCUCUCUGCGAGCUCAUCAAGGACAGGUGCCGGGCCGCCGCCAGCCUGCCCCCCACCACCACACCCACCACCAUCUCAACAGAGACACCUACCACCACCCCCCAUAGCACCACCACCACCACCACCACCCCAAGACACCAACCACCACCCCCCAUAGCCACCACACCCACCACCAUCUCAACAGAGACACCUACCACCACCCCCCAUAGCACCACCACCACCACCACCACCCCAGUGCCCCCCACCACCACACCCACCACCAUCUCAACAGAGACACCAACCACCACCCCCCAUAGCACCACCACCACCACCACCACCCCAGAUCUGCCCGCCCCCAGCGCCUCGCGCCUGCCCACCCCCAGCACCCCGCAGAACAGCACGCUGCUGGUGGAAGGCUGCUUCUGCCCCGAGGGCACCAUGAACUACGCCCCCGGCUUUGACGUCUGCGUGGAAGUGUGCGGCUGUGUGGGGCCGGACAACGUGCCCAGAGAGUUUGGGGAGCACUUUGAGUUCGACUGCAAGGACUGCGUCUGCCUGGAGGGCGGGAGCGGCAUCGUCUGCCAGCCCAAGAAGUGCAGCCAGGAGCCGCCCGCCCGGUGCGAGGAGGACGGCACGUACCUGGUCACGGAGGAGAACGAGACGUGGUGGCUGUGUAACUGCACCAUGGCCGUCUGCAAGCACGACAACACGGUGGAGCUGGUGGAGGUGGAGUGCAAGCCCCCGCCCAUGCCCACCUGCUCCAACAACCUCACGCCUGUGCGCGUCAUGGACCCGGACGGCUGCUGCUGGCACUGGGAGUGUGACUGCUACUGCACGGGCUGGGGGGACCCCCACUACGUCACCUUCGACGGGCUCUACUACAGCUACCAGGGCAACUGCACCUACGUGCUGGUGGAGGAGGUGCGGCCCACGGUGGACAACUUCGGGGUCUACAUCGACAACUACCACUGCGACGUCAACGACCAGGUGUCCUGCCCCCGCACGCUGAUCGUGCGCCACGAGACGCAGGAGGUGCUGAUCAAGACGGUGCAGAUGGCGCCCAUGAGGGUCCAGAUCAUCUUCAACAACAAGGUGGUCAGCCCGGGCUUCCGGAAAGGCGGCAUCGUCGUCUCCCAAGUCGGCAUCAGGAUGUACGUGACCAUCCCCGAGAUCGGCGUCCAGGUCAUGUUCACGGGCCUCAUCUUCUCGGUGGAGGUGCCCUUCAGCAAGUUCGCCAACAACACGGAGGGGCAGUGCGGCACCUGCACCAAUGACCCCAAGGAUGAGUGCCGCCUCCCUGGCGGGGCGGUGGUGACCUCCUGCUCGGACAUGUCCGGGUACUGGAAGGUGACAAACCCCGACCAGCCGUCCUGCCACGGGCCUCCACAGACACGCCCUACCGUGGGGCCCACGACCCCGCCUGCCCCGUGCCCGCCCUCGCCAAUCUGCGAGCUGAUUCUGAGCGAUGUCUUCCUGCCGUGCCACGCCGUGAUCCCCCCGAGGCCUUACUACCAGGGCUGUGCAUUCGACCACUGCCACAUGACCGACGCCGACGUGGUGUGCUCCGGCCUGGAGCUGUACGCCUCGCUCUGCGCCUCCCACGGGGUGUGCAUCGACUGGCGCGGCCGGACCAACAACACCUGCCCCUUCACCUGCCCCGCUGACAAGGUGUACCAGCCCUGCGGCCCCUCCAACCCCUCCUACUGCUACGGGGGCGACAGCGCCAGCCUCGUGGCCCUUCAGGACGCCGGCCCCGUCACGGAAGGCUGCUUCUGUCCGGAGGGCAUGACGCUUUUCAGCGCGAGCAAGGAAGUCUGCGUGCCUACCGGCUGCCCCCGCUGCCUGGGGCCCCACGGGGAGCCGGUGGAGCGUGAACGGCACCUUGUACCAGGUGAGGACCCGCCGGAGAUCAGCACCCGGCUCUGUGCUGAGCGCGACCAGGCCCCGCCCGUUUCUCCGGCCGGGCCGUUAAUCUCUGUCCCUCCAGGCUGCCUGGGGCCCCACGGGGAGCCGGUGGAGGGCUCCGAGUACCGGGUGCAGAGCGGGCAGUGCUGCGGGUCAUGCGUGCAGGUGGCCUGCGUUAUGAACACCAGCGACGGCUCCGCCCACCUCUUCUCCUCUGGCCGUGGAUCCGGCCGCUGCUCCCAGACGUAA